UGAGCGGGUCAGAUCUGCGGUUCGUUCCGUCGUAGUGCGAAAUCUUUAACGGUAGAGAUCGGUCAUCGCACGCACUACUCGAUCGGUCAGAAGCCCCAAGGGAGAUAUCUUGUAAUAACCAUGAUGUCGCAGCUGGGACGGAUUAGCAUUAUUGGUGCGGUGCUUUUGGCAUUUGUGGCCGUCGUACUUGCCAGUAGCUCAGAAAAAACCGAACUUGACCCCAAUGCCAGCUGCAAUUACACCCUGGUCAAGAAGAAGACUUUGGGAGUGGAUCCCUCAUUUUGGAAGAAGUUCUUCAAGCAUUUGAUACCGUUCACUAGUUCGAGGGGUAAAAUGGAAUUCAUACUCUUCAAGCGGGAUUUUGCGGACUGCGGAAAAGAAUUGUUCAUUGGCGAUGUGGAAAACCUUAAGAACUCGGGCUUCAAUGCACGUCACCAAACGAGAAUUGUUAUUCACGGCUGGAUGAGUCAGAGCAAGGGUUCUCAUAUAAGAAGGGUUAAAAAUGCAUAUCUAAGUCUGACCCAUCCGGGAAUCAAUGGAGAACCCGCUCGGUACGAGGACUUCAAUGUGAUCGUAUGCGACUGGAGCAAGACAUCUACGAAUAUAAACUAUUACGAGGUGGCCAAGACGGUGGAGGAUAUGGGUGCUCUGCUGGCGGAUCUGGUGCGAUAUCUCCAUCAGGAGGCAGAUAUGCAUUACGACGAUGUCUACGUGAUUGGACACUCGUUGGGAGCUCAAAUAGCUGGAAGUGCUGGCAAGCAGAUCAUGCCACAUCGGUUUAACACUAUAUAUGCACUGGAUCCGGCGGGUCCUCAGUUCCGAGAGAAGAGCGAUGAAUACCGAAUCGAUGCUAGUGAUGCUUCCUAUGUGGAGUCCAUUCAAACCAGCGUUAGUUUUGGUUUUGAACAGCCCGUGGGACACGCCACCUUCUAUCCCAACUAUGGAAAAAAUCAAAAGAAGUGCUAUGUGUAUGGCUGUUCGCAUAAGAGAUCCCAUGAUUAUUUCGUUGAGACCCUGACGAGUCCAGCGGGAUUUUGGGGACCCCGCUGUGAGCGACAUGAUGAUGGCACCUGGGUUCUCCUGAUGAGCGAUGGAGAAUUCCGUAUGGGUGGGGAGCCCUCGAUUCCGAAGAAUGGAACCUUCUAUGUGAAAACAUAUUCAAAACCACCCUAUGCCAUGGGUCACAGGUGGCAAACGGAGCCACCUCCACGGGAGGAUGAGGUUGAGAAUUCCACAGAAGAGUAGGAUAAAAUCAAAGAUUUAAUGUACGCAAUUCUGUUGAUAUAAUAGAGUGAGAAAAUGUAUUAUAAUUAAA